AUGCAAGCUGGCCCCAUUGAAUCCUCGUACCUGACACCUCUCUUGCGGGCGGCCUCGUUGCCAUCUGAACCGUAUUCGGCCCCGCUCACUAGCCGUAUCAAUCGUCUACCGUCACUGGCACCUCGCUUGCCGACACUGCCGAGCCUUAUGAGCACGCUUGCGGCACAGAGUAGCUACGCCACAUCAAUCAAGGCAUCACCGACUCGUACGUCGUCAUCGAUCUCAUUCCUGCUAAACCCGCCGUCUCGUCAAGGGGUGGAUGUGCAGUUUGAUCAUCUCUUGCCCCAGCCGUACGCUCCUGUUGCGUCGCCUGUUCCAUCCACGAUGCUGUAUCACCCGUACGCGAACGCUGCGUCCUCGGCACCCAUGACGACGAGCUUGCUUCAGACACGAGAUGGUAUGUCGCAGCCCAAGAAGAAACGCAAGACACGCAUUUGCAAGUCGGAGGGGUGUGAAAAGUACGUGGUGGACCGCGGGCUUUGCAUUCGUCAUGGCGGUGGCAAGCGCUGUUCUGUCGAGGGCUGCAACUGCCGCGCGCAGAACCGCGGACUAUGCUGGAAGCACGGUGGCUACACGCGCUGCACGGUGGAGGGGUGUACAAAGCGCGCCAAGUCGCGUGGCAUUUGCUGGUCGCAUGGCGGGGGCACUCGCUGUAAGCACGGCGGGUGUUCUAAGAUUGCAGUAUCGCAUGGUUUGUGCUGGGCGCAUGGUGGUGGUAAACGCUGUCUGGUGGAGACGUGUCAGAAGCCUGCAUACGAGCGCAACGGUAAUUUGUGUGCCGAGCACUGCACACAGCGGACACAACCGCAAGUCACCACACCCGUGAUUAACUAA